AUGGCACCCACAAAACCCAGCAAACGGCCCUCCCUCCGCGCCCGCACCUCUCGCCCCACCACCACCACCUCCUCCACAGCUACCACCACCAGCACCCCCCGCACCCCCCACCAACCCACCAAAAAGGCCAAACUGCACACCCGCCGCACCACCUUCAUCUCCCGCAUCACCAAGCCCACCACGCACCCCUCCGCCCGCUCCCGCCGCCGCGCCACAAAAGCGCUACAAAACACCCUCGUCACCGAGCUCGACUCGCUCGCGUUCGCGCUCGACGACGCCAUUGUUGCAAAGUCCGUGGCAGAGGGCGAGGAUGGCGUGGGCAGGAAGAGCAUGAAGAGCCGCCCCGGCGCAAUGAAGCGCAAGGAGAAGGUGGUCAGGAACGAGUGUGAGCGGUUCGGGAAGAACUUGGCGAUCAUGUCGGCGGGGAUGGCGGCGGCGGCGGUUGCGGUUGGGGGGGAGGGGGAGGGGGAGGGGGUGGGGGUGAGGAGGCCGUCGACGUGGGAGGCGUUGAGGGGGUUUAUUGAGGGGACGAUGGAGCGGAAGGAGGAGUUUGUGAAGAAGGAUGAGGGGGAGGGGGAGGAGAUGGUGUUGUAG